AUGUUUCACCAUGUGCAACCACCUCCUGCAAAUAAAGAUUCGCCGCCCACAGAUAGUCGACCUAAAGAACGGACACGACAGGCAUGCGGGCUGUGUCGCCAGAUGAAAAUUAAAUGUGAUGGCGCAACGCCAUGCGGACACUGUCGGACCUCGUUCAACGACUGCGUGUAUCCUGAAUCGCGUCGCAAGCGGAAAGUUCCGCCAGCGGCUGAACGACUCGAGCAGUUGGAGAAGAGGCUCAAGGCUAUUGAAGAGUCCCAGCAGGCAACGCCCACUGCGAGGGAAUUGCUGCCUGGAGAAGCACACCACAUCCUCCCAGGGCCGCCAAUAAUAGCAGCCAAUACAGGCGCGAGUCCAUCAAAGUCACCAGCCUUGAACCUCUCCCCUAAUGAUACCCAGAGUCAGGGCGAGGCGCGGUAUGGGGAGUCGUCUGCGGACCGUUCCUUUAUUGAAUUUCUCAAGACCGAAUUCGGCGCCUGGCCUGGUAUGGAUGUUGAUAGCAGAUUGUUAACCAGGCGAGAGCCACGUACGAAACUCUUCCCGCGCGGCGGUGGAGAUGCAUCAAUCGAUACGGUAUCGCUCCCCGCAAGGGAUCGGGCAGAACACUUGAUAAGGCUUGCAUUGGACAGCUAUCUGCUCUACCCAGUCCUUCAUCGACCAACCUUCUAUUCGGUCUUUUACUUAUUAUAUAUCUUACAGCGGUGCGACUAUGGAGAGGAGGAGCGACGCCAUAUCCCACUGGUCUACUCUCUCAUGGCGCUCGGCUCCCUGUUUGAGAGAGCCACUGACCAAGCAUUCGAUCCAAUUGCGGAGGGAAGGAACUAUUUUGCCGUGUGCCGCAAUCUUGUGGAUCUUCAGGACUGUAAUGAUGCAGUCACGCUGCAAGCGAUCUUCUACAUGAAUCUCUUUCUUCUCAACACCGAGAGGAUGUCUUGCUGCUACACCUACCUCUCCCAUGCUCUCUCCCUGGUCAUCCGCAUGAACUGUGGUAGAGCCUGUGCAAGAGACAGCAAAAUGGUUACAGAGGUUAAGCAGCGACUACUUUUAUCCAUCAGACAGCUUGUUUCAAUUACCGCGUCGAUAUGUGGUGUUCCACGUCUAAGUGGUAUCGAUGAGAAUGAUGCCGAGUACCUUUGCACGGUUCUCGAGGCUCAGGCCGGCUCGACGAUGACGGGGCCAUCGUCGAACCAAGCAUGGGAAAUCUUCGGAUUCAUUGCUCUGUUGAAGUUACAGAAAAUUUCCGACCAAAUCACAAAGGCGCUUUACCCUUCAAGCUGUAUUAAACAGAGGCACGAUGGUAGUUCCCCGAGCCACCUGGUCAGCAGCGAGACAAUAUUCAAUUUCGAAAGAGAACUCCAGAAAUGGGCAGCCUCAUUGCCCGCAGGCUAUAUUUUAGGAAAAGAAAAGGGAAUCCCGUGUUUAGAAAGAGCGAAAUAUGAGCUAUGUAUCGCCUAUACUCAUGUCAAGAUCCUUCUCUACCGACCUUUUCUGCACUACCUACUCGAUCAAAACGGUGAAGCGGGAAACGAGUUCCGAAUAUAUGCGUCCGCAUGUGUCAAUGCUAGUCACGAUCUUAUUCGUCUUGCAGAGGAUAUGCACCGCCGCGACCUUCUUAUUGGCACUCACUACAGAAUGGUAUACAUGUGCUGCACAGCUGCCUUAUCGUUGAUCUACGUCGUCGCUGGCUCCAAGAGCUUGGAUUUUCCCCAUGUCUGAAUUGGAAACAGCAAUCAGGCUGAUUCGUUACCUAUGCCCUCAUCUAUUCCAUGCCCGGCGACUCUAUGUCGUUCUAAUGGUAGUUACGCAUUCUGAAAACCUUCAAGUAUUUCUUCCCCUCGUUUUCCAGCUAACUCUCAUAGAUCUUAGUUGCUCCGCUUUCUGACCCAGCACGAGGCAUUCAGUCAUAUAUACCCGAGAAAGACGAUAGAGUUGUCGCUGAUGAGCCUGACGAUUCCUAUACUGUUGCAUUGGCGGAGAAGAAUUUUGCUAUA